AUGCUCAGCAAUUCUGACCCUGCCUCAUAUCUGUUCGAUGUAAAAAUAAAAAUCGUGGGAAAUAAGACCAUGAUUCCUGCUGAAAUUCUGGUCGAUUUGGAGAAAAUCGAAGAAAAGACUGCCAGACACACGAACAAGAUCCUCAACGUGUGUUUCCCUUAUACCUCCAGGGAUGAUAUCGCACACUCAGUAUCCACCAUUGUAGAUAGGGUCAAGAAUGGAGAGAUGCAAACUGUUGAUAUUACCGAGCAGGCUUUGGAUGAGAAUAUGUACUUCGGAACAGACUCGCCAAAGAUGGAUAUCCUGAUACGCACAUCUGGACACACAAGACUGAGUGAUUUCAUGACAUGGCAAUGCCAUGACCAGUCAAUGAUAGAGUUCGUUAACGUUCUAUGGCCUGAUUUCAACUUUGUGAGCAUCUUCUGGGUUCUUUUCAAAUGGGGUUAUUACAAGUCUCUCAUACUGGAAGACACACAAGUGAUGCAACCAAACAAGUUUGCGAAUGAGGGAAGUGUUCCCAAUUUUAAACAUCCUCCAUUCGCGUCCGUGAGCGAGGUAUAA